AAGAGGAAGUCGGAGGCAUAUGACAUCAAUCAAUGGUCGCUGGUUAUAGUUCUUAACGCAUCUUCCACCUGGAUUAUAUUCUCACAUAUUAUGUUAGCCUUUGUUUUGCCCGUGGAAGAACAGAAAUAGACCGUUAUUUCGUUUGAAAAGGUAAUUACAACCAUGCUCAACUCCGAGAAGAUGGACAACAAGAGCGGAAUGGUGGCGAAAAUCCACACGAGGAUAAGAUCCGACCCUUUUGCGGCUAAUUAUGACCUGGUGGGCAAAGAAUUGGGCCGAGGAAAGUUUGCGGUGGUGAAGAAGUGCGUAGAGAAGACCACGGGGCAGCAGUACGCCGCCAAGUUCCAGAGAAAGCGGCGGAAGGGCCAGGACUGCCGCGUGGACAUCCUGAACGAGAUCGCCGUGCUGGAGCUGGCCAAGUCCAACCCGUACGUGGUGGCGCUGCACGAGGUCUACGAAACCACCAUGGAGAUCAUCCUGGUGUUGGAAUGCGCUGCAGGCGGCGAAAUCUUCGAGCAGUGCGUGGCCGACAACGACGAGGCCUUCACGGAGAAAGACGUGAUCCGGCUCGCCAGGCAGAUCUUGUCGGGUGUGGCCUUCCUGCAUCGCGGCAACGUGGUGCAUCUGGACCUGAAGCCGCAGAACAUUCUACUGACCAGUGCCAGGCCUCUGGGCGACAUCCGCAUCGUGGACUUUGGCCUGUCCAGACACAUGGAUAGCAUCUCUGAGGUCCGGGAGAUUCUGGGUACUCCGGAGUAUGUCGCGCCGGAAAUCCUGAACUACGAGCCGAUCAGCACCGCUACGGACAUGUGGAGCAUCGGGGUUCUAACCUACGUCAUGCUGACCGGCGAGUCGCCGUUCCUGGGCGACGACAAGCAGGGGACCUUCCUCAACAUCUCCCAAGUCAGCGUGGAGUACUCGCACGACACCUUCGAGGACAUCUCCCCGCUGGCCGUGGACUUCAUCAAGUCCCUGCUGGUCAAGAACCCGAGGAAGCGAGCCACGGCCGAGGAAUGUCUCAAGCACCCCUGGCUCAACCCUCACCCCCUCCCUCUCCUGCUCCAGCCCCGCGCCGCGUCUUCCUCCACGUCUCUGGACGAGCCGGAGACCAGCCAGUCCGAGUCGGACCCCGAGAGCCCGGCACCGUCCCCGGAGCUGGGCCUGCUGGAGUCCUACCUGGCGUGCCCGUGCCAGGGCGAGCUGAAGACGGGAUGCGGCGCCUUCUCCUUCGCCGAGCCGCCCUUCCCCACGCGGACGGAAAUCCAGCAGGAGCUCAUCUGCUAGGGACUCCCGUCGCCACGGCGACGCCGAACUCUCGCUUCCUGCCGGGACGCUCCAUACCUCCCGAUUGGUCCGACACGUACGGAGGAUGAAGACGACGAGGACGUUCCUCCUCGUUUUUAAUUUGGAGGAACUCAAACCUGACAAACUUUUGGUGAAGGAAGUUAAAAAAAGAAAAAACAGCAAUUUUUUUUUUUAUGUGUUAAUUUAUGUUUUUUUUUUGUACCACUUUAGCCUCUUUGAUGUGCCGUCAACCUGCCUUGAAUAGAGAACGGCAGCAUUCUCACUUUUUGAGUACAAUCUGCAGCACUUUUUUUUAUUUCAAAAGCAACAAUUUAGGAGACAAAAAACAAAAAGGCACCUAUCUUACUGUACAUAUUGUUAUUAUUAUUAUUAUUAUUAUUAUUAUUAUUGUCCCACUGCAUCACCUCCCCGGUGUAUUUUUGUUCUUUUGUCCUUCUUUUGGCCGUUUGCACAAGUAGCACCUUUUUGUUUUUUUUAAUUUAAUUUUAGCUUUUAUUCAAAAUGUCGUACUUAACAGCAAGAAUGCCACACAAUGUCGAAAGCUCACUUUUUCUUUUUUUCUUUUUAUUCGCCUUCAGUGGUGUUGAAUUGUGAGUUAGUAUUAAGAUGAAUAAACAGAAGUUGUUUUUUUUUGG